GAUUCCUUCAAGGACUUAUUCUUUAUCCCAUUAGCCUCCACCAGCCUAAAAGCCUUCUCAACAAUUCACUCUGUACAUGUUAAGCGGAAAAAGUUAUUUCACCCAGCCAACACGGUUUUUGUCAUUCUGUGACCUUAUAAUCGGUCCCCACCUCCAUUUGUCCACCUUUUCUUUCUGUUCCUUUAAAGCUUUGGUUAACAAAAAUCUUUGCAAUUUUCGAUUCAAAAUUAACAUCUCAUCCAGUAACAGCUUCCAUUAACGAAUUUUCCAAAUGUAUGUUAAUACAUACUGUGGUGAACUGCAUAUACCUGUCUGGACACAAUUCUGUUCAUUUAGUAAUCUUUGUGCAUACUUCAAUUUCUUCUUAUUGACAGUUGCAUCUAUGGUUAUCCGGAUGUUAUGUUCUUAUGACCCCGCUACUGAUCUGUAUCGCUCUGCUUAUCAAGGAUAACUUUAUUCUCUAUUUACAUUUUCAUGCACAGUGUUAGGAAUUUGCUGUGGUGUGUUGGCGCGACGUUAUGUCUCUUAAUUGACUUAUGCUCUUACCAUACUUUUAAAUAUCUUUCCUCAUGAAUUUUUUUCCGGAUUGUGUUUUUCUGUGCAUAGCACACUGAACCAUUCUUCUACCUUUAUAGUGGCCCAUAACUUCGUGUUUUUAUUGUUGGGAAUUACGUUUUUUUCUGCUCAAGCGAUAGACCAUCAAUAAACAUUACAGCGAAUAACCGCGUCAAGUGCGUGGGGGAUGGGCGACGAGUUCCGGGAGGAGGAGAAUUUCACUACUACACAUUUGCUUCUCUGGUGCCAACAUCGCUACUUCAAAACGUAAGAGGGAAAAGAAAAUCGACUCUGGUCUAUUCGCGGUGUGGAGAAUUUUUGAUAAGAUGCGAAUACAUUUUAUUUCUCUUCCCAUACAAUGUUAGCUAAUUAACUGCUCAGGAUCUGAAGAUUUCUGACCUUCGAUCACAGUUCACAGGUGGUGACAGCCUGAAGUAAAUAGGAUUUAAAUUCCUGGGAAGAUAGUUCUCGCUUUAGACUUGUGGCUUUGCAGGUUAGAUGCCUCACCAGGAGCGAAGAAUUUUGCUGUUGAAUUAGAGAAAUCCAGCCCUCAAGAAAUUCAUUUAACACAAUGAACUAUCAAGAAGAGAAUGAGUGCUUUGAGAACUAUGCAUAUCAUCACGCAGAAACACUGGAAAUGGACAGAGGUACACAGGGGCGAUCUUCUAUGUUCCGCACAGCUCCAUUCUCAUCUUCCUAUCAGCAAAAACUGUCUGAUUCAUCAGAUGUUUGGAGAAAUUGGGGCCAGCCAGAGGUUAUAAAAAUGACAACUAUCGGAAGAGUAAACAGCGAUUUAAGACCUCGAUUCAUUAAUAUGAAUCCCUAUAGAAAUAGCAGUGGAUGUGUCAAUCCUGGAUUUGAGCCCAUAGCAGAUGAAACUUAUAGCUCAGCUUCAUCUAUGUAUGACUGGCAUAGUGACCAAGAUCCUCCUUUCAUUCUCAAUCUUCAUGGAAAUGAUGACAUUUCAAACCAAGAGCUAGCUAUGGCAAGAAGGCGUAGAAGUACUGGCACUGGAAGCCUAUCAGCUGGCUUAAGAUUCUCGCAGUUUGUAAAUUCACAACAGGAACUAAGCACAGAAGAGAAGGAAGAACAGCAAGAGUUCAUUGCUGAACUUGUGGCUUUAUCACCCAAUGAAAGAGCGAAGGUCAUCCGAGAGUUGACAGUGAGCAUGGAUAAGAAACGAGAGAUAAGGAGUCAGGUGUAUCUGGAGAUUGGACCAAAGUCAAUGGAAGCAGAUUAUCAAAUAGCUUGCUGCACCCAUCUUCUGACUAACAUAUCAUCUUCUCUUCGACACUUUCGUGAAAAAGUGAUUGAAAUUUUAUAUUUCAUUCAUCCAUGGCAUAGAUCCCUGAAAAUUAUUGGUGGCAAGUUUGGAACAGGAGUUCUCUCUUAUUUCACCUUCCUCAAGUGGCUGCUUAUGUUUAACGUCUUUUCCUUCCUGAUUAACUUCAGCUUCAUUACCAUCCCACAAUUCUUUGCCUUGGAUCCCAACAACCUCACUUUCACAGGCCUGGAGCUUCUCACUGGUGCAGGCUAUUUUACACAGACCGUGUUUUAUUAUGGGUUUUAUACCAACGCUAGCAUUCAAGCAAGUCCUACUGCUGCAAUGUACAAUAUGCAGCUUGCUUAUUUUCUCACAUUUGGAUUCUACAUGCUGAUUUGCUUUCUGUAUCUGGUUUACAGUAUAGCAAAGUCAUUCAAUGAAAACUUCACAAUUGGUACUUCGUCUGGUGUGGCAGCCUGGCUUCUCUGUUCAUGGGAUUUUAACAUAACUAAUGAAAAAACAGUUCAACUGAAAAAAACCAGCCUGAACACACAGUUAAAGGAAAUGUUAUCAGAAAAAACACGUUACAAGAGACAAUUAACAAGAAAACAGAAAAUUGUGAGAUAUUUAAUUCAUCUGAUGACUUGGAUUAUUUCGUUAGGUACAACAUUGGGCUGCUGUGUGGGAGUUUAUUUCUAUUGUAUAUCUAAUUUUCAGAUUAUUCAAAAAGAUCCAAACAAGGAAGAACUGCAAAAGCAGGCAUCAACACUCCUUUUGCCUUUUCUGGUGGCAAGCAUCAAUUUAUUUAUUCCAUUGUUCUUCUCUUUCCUUGGCCUUAUGGAAAGAUUCAAGUACCCAUGGCAUGAGAUAUAUGUUCUUAUUAUAAGAAACGUUUUGCUGAAGAUGUCAAUAACUGGAGUUUUGUGUUACUAUUGGCUGGUGAUAGUAGCAGAUUCAAUGGAGUGUUGGGAAACUUUCGUAGGCCAAGAUCUCUACCGGCUUGUAGUGACUGAUUUUAUCUUCUCCUUAUUCAGUUCCUUCUUUGGGGAAUUCAUUCGAAGCAUCAUAGGGAGAUAUUGCUACACGAAACUUGGAAUACCAGAAUUUGACAUUGCAAGGAAUGUAUUAGCAUUAAUCCAUGCACAAACACUUGGAUGGGUUGGACUUUUCUUUGCGCCUCUUUUACCAGCAAUACAGAUCAUUAAGUUCUUCAUUACAUUUCACGUUAAAAGGGUUAGCCUAAUGAUGAAUUGUCAGCCACCUCGCAUGGCUUGGCGAGCUUCCCACAUGACAACAAUCUUCAUUUUCCUGUUGUUCUUUCCUGCCUUUAUUGGGGUUCUUUGCCUGAUAGGCAUAACUGUGUGGAGAUUGAGGCCUUCUAAAUUCUGUGGCCCCUUUAGAGGAUUAAGUGUCCCUUAUAGUUCCGUUUCAAGAUUUAUUCAUGAGACAAUUCAUCAACUGGCGUGGCUUGGGUGGAUCUACAACAAAUUGCUUGUGAAUCCGCUGUUCUUCUUCAUUUUAACAGUUAUUGUGUUUGCUAUUAUCUAUCUGUAUUGGCAAAUUAUAGAUGGGCAUAAAAUGAUGGCAAAACUCUUACAAGAGCGUAUUGUUAAUGAAGGAAAAGACAAAUCGUAUUUGUUACAAAAACUCACAGCCUUGAAAAUGAGGGAAGUUUCUGAGGAGAAUAAGACAAAAUCCAGCACAGAGCCUUAUCUGCAACUUGAGGAAAGAAGAGGAAUUCAUCAAUAUAGCCCAGAUCUUACAGAGCAGCAUGGCUUUGGAUCACAAUGGAGAAAUAACAAAGUGCACCCAGGAUCAGAUGAAGAAUCUGUGCCUACCAGCAACAUAGAGCUGUCAAAUGUAACAAGUGAACAUGAGAGAGAAGGUCAAGGGCAUAACCCAAAUGCAAGAGAGGAAGCUGGCAGUGCUCUUGCACUGGCAUUGGCUGCCAAGCGUCAGGCAGAACAGCAGGACUAUCAAUAACUAUUCUCAGUGCAUUAUGCCACUCAAGAAAUCUCUAAAAGAGGACUUGUAUGAAAAAGCGCAGGUAACACUAACCAGUGGGAAACUCUUGCCUCUUACAACGACACUUCCACCUCAGGUGAGCCCUUGGAUAGCUGUGCUCACAGUACAAUCAUAAACCCACCGAUCGCUGGAAGACUUUUGAAUGCUGGCAUAAGUCCUUUACAGUUUUUGCUGCUCUAUUUGUCUUGAAAUAAUUGGUUGCUCAUGCUAGCAAAUGUUACUCCAUGUGCUGCACCUUGUAUCAAUAGAAAUGGAAUUUAGAUCAGCUAGCCCAAUGAAGUCGAAUACUUAGAAAUCUGGAUCGCAUAACCUUUUCCUCCAGCACUGAGUGAUUUAAAAGCAAUUCAUCUAGAUAUUAAUUGGAUUUCCAACCAUCUCCUAGUCUAUGCUUUCAAUCAGGGAAUUUGGCCAGAUCACCCUUGCAAUUAUUGUUCUGUGACAGUACAAUAAUUUCUUGGUUAAAGUUGCUUUUGGGGUUUUGCACAACAAUUUGAAACACAUACCUUUUGGAUUACCCAUCGUAGGGCAAUACCAGGAAGACAAGGUCUUAAUCUCACAGAGCAAUCUGGGAGAGUUGCACCAGGUGAGAACUUUCUUAAAUCUUCAUGAUCCCUCCCGCGCAGAGUGGCCUCUCAACAAUUCACCAUCUCACAAAUCUUUUCUCAGUCCCUGGUCUAUGACACCCAAUGAAUUUGCCCCAUUCUCUGCUACUUCUGAACUUCCCUACCAUCCUGAUGCUAGCCUCUCUGGAAAUCCCUUCCUCCAAACCCAGACCUUCAACCAACCCUCUAAGUUCAGCCAUGUAACACAGGUAAUAUAGUUCAACCUGAAAGAACAUAUGAAGCCUAAGAACUUGAUGCUCAGGCCUUAGACCUCAGUCAGAAAUGAAUUUUGAAACAGUGGGAUAGUCAUUGUUCCAACAUGUUAACGGCUUUUCAGUGUAUCUUUUAAUUUAUAGAAAGAAGAAAUGUAUGUAAAUACCUGUACUUUAUAAUAAAUAUUUUCAGUAGAUUUUGGAAAAUUACUCUAAAGUAACUGCAACAUUUAUUUUGAUAAACUACAGAAGUAUUAUUCCUCCUUAAUUAGCAAGUCAAUAAUAGUUAACAAUUAUGUUUGUUAUCUUUUCAAUUACAUAAACCUGGUCCAUUCACAUUUUGGUGAAUUUUUGUGCCUUGUUGUAAUCUGCUCUGUAUAUUUCCUUUCUUCUGGCACCUGGAUAUAGAAAUUCUGUUGGAAGUUCUAGAUUCCUGCUGCAACUUGGGGAAAAAGUGGGCAAGUUGUGUCACUUCUCCAGGGCUGCUAACAUUCUCUUACUGAAGCUUAAGCAGAAAUCUGGGACAGCUCCUAUGGUUUACAUAUCUUGGUGGUUGCAAUUGGCAGGUGCAGAUUAAAUCUCUAGUCACUUUACUUCUCCAGUGUGCUUGCAUGUUAACUUCAUUUGAGCCAUGUACAGCAGCUCUGUGACAUUUUCAUUUUAUUCCUUACAAUAUUAUAAAAUAGUGCCAAUUUAAGCUGGUUUUGAUCUCUUGAAGACAGUUAGCUAGGGUAGUGCUGCUUAAACCAUUUUGCACAGUCUCUCACUCAUGCUUGUGAAAAUUACCUUUACUAAGACUGUGCCAGAUUUAAACUGGUUCUGAGAGAAAAUGUACAAUGAAUUAAAUCAGAAUCACUUCUGAUUUAAUACUGUUUAAUAUUUUUAUGGCUUAACCUGAAGUUUACUGCAAAAUACUCCAGAUGCUGGCAAUCUGAUAAUUGCAAAAGAUGCAGGAAAUGCAUAGCAGGUCAGGCAGCGCUAAUGGUAGAGUAUAUUUAAAGUUUCAGAUCAAUAAAUAUCAUCUUACCCAUUGGUCCUCAAUCUGGUUCAUGGCACAUGUUCUCCUCCUGGUUAUCCUGAGUGUACUUUUGGGGGUGCAUGGUUCCCGGAAUCCUCAAAUGGCUAAUAGAGCCAUUCCAUAAGCUCAGAUAGAGCAAACAGAGGCACUUCCACCUACCAUGAUUCAUUUCCCAUCUUCAGACACAAUGGAAAUUCAUAAAUAAUUAAAAAUGAAAAAAAAGUUUAAUUGAAAGCAUACUUAUUAUUUUUUAAACCCCUUCACUUUCAUCAAUGAAGGUCAGUAAUUCCAUUCAAAUAUACCUGACACUGCAGCUUGACUAGAACAGCUGAACAACCAGAUAUAAAAUGUAUUUAUCUAUUUGGAGGAGAUGCAUGGUGGCUAGCUAACAUUUCCUAAAGGGAUCACCAAAUAGCUCCCAGAACAAUCUGGGCCAGUUAAUUCUGCUACUCUCUCCACAAGUGCUGCCUGAGCUGUUAGGUUUUUUUUGACAUUUUAAUGUUUAUUUGUAAAAGUUCAUGUAACAAGUGUAAAAGUGUUAUAAUUACUGUAACUGUACAACACAAUCCUUUUGUACAUAACUGUUAAUUUUUGCCAGUUGUGGAGGAAAAAUAUUUAGAAUUAUUAUCAGACAUUGUCUCUGAUCAACCAUAGACUAUUUAUAAGACCAGAAUACAAGAUACUUGUCAUUAUGGUGCUGAUCACAGCUAACAGAUAAUAACAAUUGUACAAUUUACAGUUAUCAGUUUGAGGUACAUUUGAUUUACAGAUGUUAGUGAAUUUAAAUGCAUUAAUCUUACCACCACAACUUGUUCCGUGUAACAAAAAUAUCAAGACUGGAGUGACAAUACUGAAAACGUGAGGGAAGUGGAUCAUUCUCACUCAUGUAAUAAAUAUUGUCAUGUUGCUUUUAA